GCGCCGCGCGCUGCCACUAGUGAUGCGUGCGCGCACCAAGCUACUCGCUUUUAUAUUAAAUUGACCUUAUUUACUUUGCUGGAGGUCGAUAAACCUUGUCAUAUUAAUCUAGUGUUACUCUAGCCACAACCCGCUCCAGUGUUCUCCUAGUGUUUUAAAUUUUAUGGACCAUGUCGAAUUCGGUCGAAGUUACGAUAAGCCCGGACGUCAAAAUUGGCGGCGCUAACCCGUGUUUCAUUAUAGCAGAAGUCGGACAAAACCACCAAGGUGACAUUGAAAUAGCGAAAAAGUUGAUAAAAGCCGCAAAGGAAGCAGGGGCGACUUGUGUUAAAUUCCAAAAAACAUGCCUUAAAGAAAAAUUCACAAAGAAAUAUUUGGAGCGGCCGUACGAUAACGCCAACUCCUGGGGCAAAACCUAUGGCGACCACAAGAAGCACUUGGAAUUCUCGGAAACCCAGUACAGGGAGCUGUUCAAGUAUGCGCAGGAGGUCGGCAUUCUGUACACUGCUUCCGCCAUGGACAUGGUGUCCUUCGAUUUCCUAGUCAACAUGAAGGUGCCCUUCAUCAAAAUCGGGUCCGGCGAUUCAAACAACUUGCUGUUCCUCAAAUACGCAGCCUCUAAAAAGAUCCCUCUAAUCAUCUCAACCGGGAUGGUAGACAAGGCUGCAGUGAAGACUAUCUAUGACAUCAUAUCCGCGCAACACAAACAGUUCUGCCUGCUUCACUGUAUCUCAGCUUACCCCGUACCUUAUGAGGACUGCAAUCUGACCGUGCUGCAGGAUUACACGAACACAUUCGACAUUCCCGUCGGAUACUCCGGCCAGGAGUUAGGCACGGCUGUAGCUUUAGGAGCUGUUGCGCUGGGAGCUAAGGUGCUGGAGAAGCACAUAACAUUAGACAAGAGCAUGAAGGGCACGGACCACGUGUGCUCGCUAACUCCUACAGAAUUCUCCCAGCUGGUGCGCGACGUGCGUGUCAUCGAGGCCUCGCUGGGCACGCCCAUCAAGAAGGUCGUCACCUCAGAAAUUCCAUGUAUCGACAAGCUUCAGAAGUCACUAGUGAUGGGCAGUACGAAGAACAAGGGUGAAAUCCUGUACCCCGGUGACGUUAAAAUCAAGGUCGCGGAGCCGAAAGGACUCAACGCGCUGCACUUCGAAGAUGUCAUUUACAAGACGCUAGUGUGCGACAAGAAGGAGGACGAGCCACUCAACAAGGGAGACUUCUGCUAAUGAAGAAUUCCACGCAGUAUAUUUCGUGUAUUAAGUCAAUCAUUAUUUUUCUGUACUUUUUUUUAUCCUUUAUCACAGGAACUCCCAUAACUGCAAAUGUUCAGAAAUUACGCGUUUGUACGGGACAACGGUAGACAAUGUCUUGGAAUGUUCCUUAUACAUAUACAUAUCUUGUUCCUUUGAUGACACAAACAAUACUCCCUAUUACUGAAAUGUUCUGCCGCCAGAGUGCAGCACUAGUGCACAUACUAAACCAUAGAGUAACUUAUACAUACUAGGCUUUAAACAGUUUUUUGACAAGUUUUCUCUAAAAAUUGAUGCAUCGAGGCGGUUUCUUUACAGGUGGCCUACCGCUAAACGCGAAAAUCGAAAUUUCGUUAUCUGCCUUUCUAUCGAUCGAAAAAGCAAGUCAUAGACAAGCAGAAACCGACCUUUCGAUUUUCGCGUUUCGCAGUAGGCCCUGUGAUUGUGCUAGUGACGCCCUCUACGCAGAGUUUUGCGUAAUAUUCCCUAUUGGCCUUUUGUAAUCUUAUUGCAAUAGGUCCAGUUUUGGUCAAUUUAGUGUGUUUAUAGUUUAAUACUAUCUUGAUCAAUUUGAUUAUGCAUGAAAAAUAGUUAAAAAUAUAUCAGUGUAGGAUUUUUGUUUGCGAAAUAUGACCA